CUGUAAAGAUUUAUUAUGUAUAUCUCUUUAUAUUUCUUUAAUUCUAUUCCAUUCUUGGCAGCUCUUUUCCGACUGAUAUAAAACAUAUUUCCUGUGUCAUUCCCCUAAAUCUACUCACUAAUCAUUCCAUCAAUUCCCAAAUACUUGUCGCGCUGCCUUUUGGUUUAUAUUUAAGUUAUUUUAAUAUUUCACUUUACCAAAACGAAAUGAUUUCCAGCAUAUUUUCACUGUCACAUUUAUGUGUCUCCUAAGCAUUAUGGCUCUAAAUGGAGCGAUCUCCCCUAAUGCCAUCUUCAUGGAUUUAAAUAUAGAACGGCCUUCCGACAAGACUAAAAACAGGUUCCUACUCACACCCACAUAAAUGUAUAUAUAUCUCUAUAAAUAUAUAUAUAUAUAAGAGGACGGUGCACAUGGCAGGCACAUUGACUGAAGCUGAACUAAUUUUAAGAUUUCCUUUCCUUCAAGGGGAAACAUUUGAAGGUCUCUCUAGCUGCAGCUGCAUAAAAGAAAAUCUGUUAAUUGAAACAGGAAAAGGGUUCCAAUCAUGGUUUCCAUGCUUAAAACUUUGUAGUUUCUUUUAUUAAAUAUAACUCACAACUAUUUUAUUCAUCGAGUUUUUUGCUUUUUACCCCUCGAAAUCUAUUUGUUUUGAAAUGUUAAUCAUUUAGAAACUUGGACUUUUAAAUUCAUUGGCUCGGGGAAGUCUUCUAACAUAGUUAUAUUUCCGCAUAGGAAUCUUAGGCUGGUGUCCAGCUGGACUCGAUAGUUGUAAGGAUCGCUACCAGAUGGCGGGAGCUAAUGGUUUUCGCCGAUCCGUCAACUUGGGAGCGUUUCGAGCGUUUCAAGCGAUUCAAAUGUCGCUGAAUCGCUGUUCAUCCACGUUCACGCCCUGCUUGACCUUUGCCCCCGGACAGGAUGGUGGUGGAGAGCAGCGUGUCGGGACGAUAGUCAGAGAACACCAGGCAAAAGGACGCCUCUUUUACGGUAUUGAAAUCCUAGCCCGUACGCGUCUAGGACCCGUGCAACUGGACUUUAACAACUUCCUGCCGGUCCUGCCUGUCUUUGUCAGCGUCGUUUGGCAUUCCCUACGAUUCUGGGAUGUGGAGCCCAUUGGACAAACAGAAAGUCUUUUGCUGUGCAAGCUCCUCUCCGAAAAGAUACCUGCAGUGCCGCAUCUUACCUGUUACCGAUUGUCCGAGCGGCGGAUAAAUGAUUUUUUGUCCCUAAACUUUAAGAAUAUAUUGGCCCUGCGAGGUGACGAUGUGGAACCGAACCAGGUAUUCAACUAUGCUGUUGAUUUGACCCAGUUUAUUAAGUGCAGGGAGGGCGACAAAAUGUCGAUUUGCGUGGCUGGUUUCCCUGAUGGCUACACAGCCGACCAACGAAGUCCCCCAGAUAUGGCCAAGAACAUAGAGAUUCUGAAGUCAAAGGUCGCAGCCGGUGCUGAGUGUGUCAUCACCCAGAUGUGCUACAAGCCAGAGGUCAUUGUCAAAUAUGUGAAGUAUUGUCGGGACGAGGGUAUUACGAUACCCAUCCUGAUUGGCAUAAUGGGUCACGACUCCUACUCUAGCUACAAGAGGAUGCGGAAACGUGGCGAAGCUGAACUUCCGCCGGAACUGGACAAGGAACUCGAAGAGAUCCAGUGUCGACUUGGAACGGACCCUAGCGAGCCAUCGCAGGAGAUUGUCCGAUUCUUUGUUCGCGUUAAUGUCCGUCUUAUUAGCGAGGUCCUGGCCGCCAGUGAUGACAUAUGGGGCAUUGUAUUUUUCACCCUGAACAGGUUUGAAAAUGUGCACCUAAUGAUUAAGGAACUUCAUGACCUGGGCCUAUUCAAGGGGCCUUAAUAAGGGUUUCCUAAAGCAACCAAAAUUAUUUUACGUCAAAUCUAAAUUGAAUAAGUUAGUCUCAUCCUAAAAAUUCUUGGUAUGGAUUUAUUAAAGUAUGGCUUUUAA